AUGAACGAUGGAAAGUUUCAAGUCGUCGUCGCGGCGACGCGCGAGGGAGGGAUCGGGAGGGAGAACGCGCUGCCGUGGCGACUCGCCGGGGACAUGGGAUACUUUAAAAAGAUUACGAGCGAGACGCGGGACGGGGACGCGAUGAACGCGGUGGUGAUGGGGAGAAAGACGUGGGAAUCGAUUCCGGGGAAAUUCAGACCGCUGCCGGGAAGGUUGAACAUCGUGCUGAGUCGAAGCGGGGGAUUGGCGGAGGCGAACGACGAGAAUAAUAACGGCGCGGAGACGCUGCCGGAGGGGGUGCUGGUGCGUAAGUCCAUCGAUGACGCGCUGAGCGCGAUUUCGUCGAGCGAAAAGAGGAUUGAGAAGACGUUUGUGAUCGGUGGGGCGCAAAUUUACGAAGAGGCGCUUCAAAGCGAAAAGUGCGAAGCCGUGCACCUCACCGAGGUGGAGGGCGAAUUCGAAUGCGACGCCUUCAUCCCGAAGAUCGACGCCACCAAGUUCAAGCUCUAUGGACAGUCCAAGCCCAUGAUUGAGAAAGGCACGAGGUUUCAAUUUUUGACGUACGUCACUGCCGACGCCGAGAGCGGAAAGUUCCGCCCGAAGGCCGACGAGGUUCUGCCCGCGGGUUGCUCGAUCAAGCACGAAGAAUACCAGUACUUGGAAAUGAUUCGCGAAAUCAUCGAUCAAGGCGCGGUGAAGGGCGAUCGCACCGGCACUGGGACGAUUUCUACGUUUGGCAAUCAAAUGCGUUUCGAUCUUCGCCGAUCGUUUCCACUUCUCACGACCAAGCGCGUCUUCUGGCGCGGCGUCGCGGAAGAGUUGCUGUGGUUCGUCGCCGGCGAGACGAACGCGAACAAGUUGGCCGAGAAAAAGAUCAACAUCUGGGAUGGUAACGGAAGUCGCGAGUACUUGGAUUCUAUUGGUUUGACUGAACGCGAAGUCGGUGAUCUCGGUCCGGUGUACGGAUUCCAGUGGAGACACUUCGGCGCCGAGUACACGAACAUGCACGCCGACUACACUGGCAAGGGCGUGGACCAACUCGCUGAGGUCAUUCACAAGAUCAAGAACAACCCGAACGAUCGUCGCAUUUUACUCACGGCGUGGAAUCCGGCGGCGUUGAAGGAGAUGGCGUUGCCACCGUGCCACAUGUUCUGCCAGUUUUACGUUGCCAACGGCGAGUUGAGCUGCCAAAUGUACCAACGCUCGUGCGACAUGGGUCUGGGCGUUCCUUUCAAUAUCGCUUCGUAUUCCUUGCUCACGUGCAUGAUUGCGCAAGUUUGCGGUUUGAAACCUGGUGAUUUUGUGCACUGCUGCGGAGACACGCACGUAUACUCGAACCACGUGGAGCCGCUCGAAAAGCAGCUCGCGUGCGAGCCGCGACCGUUUCCGAUUUUGAAAAUCAACCCGGAAAAGAAGGAUAUCGACUCCUUCACCUUUGACGACUUCGAGAUCGUCGGUUACGAUCCCCACCCUAAAAUUGAGAUGAAAAUGGCCGUCUAACGGCGCCCCGCGUACGUUGUGUCAGUAUCAA